CCAGUCAUGUUCCUCACUCGCAGCGAGUACGAUCGUGGAGUCAACACUUUUUCUCCAGAAGGGCGUUUGUUCCAAGUGGAAUACGCUAUUGAGGCCGUCAAACUCGGAUCUACAAGCAUUGGAAUCAAGACGAGCGAAGGUGUUCUUCUCGCUGCUGAGAAAAGAUCGACAUCGAAGCUGAUGGUCAAUGACGCGAUCGAGAAAAUCAGCAAGGUCGACCAACAUAUUGGCGUCACAUUCGCAGGUUUGAUUGCCGACUCGCGCACUCUGGUCGAACGGGCACAGAUCGAGGCUCAAAAUUUCUGGUUCACUUAUAACCGCAAAAUUCGCGUGGAAGACGUCACUCAGUCGGUCGCCAAUCUAGCUCUUCAGUUUGGAGACGACGACGUCAAAGCAUCAAUGUCUCGUCCAUUUGGUGUAGCAAUGCUGUUCGCUGGUGUAGACCAAGAAGGAGCCAAACUGUUCCAUCUCGAUCCAUCUGGAACUUUCAUCGAUUGUAAGGCUAAAUCGAUCGGUGCAGCUAGCGAUGGAGCUGAGCAGAAUCUCAAGGAGCAAUAUCAUGAUGCUCUGACUAUCAAGGAAGGACUCAAGAUGGCAUUGGCCAUUCUCAAGCAGGUGAUGGAAGAGAAACUGAACUCCGCCAAUGUCGAAGUCGUUGUUAUCAAACCAACAGUUGACGCGAAGGGGCGUCCAAUCGGAGAAUUCACAAGAGUGUCGAACGAAGAGCUCGAUCAAGUUAUCACAUCGCUUUGAAGAAAUUAUUCUUUCCUGGUUUUUUGUCUCUUGUUUCUUAUGGUGUAAAGUAACUUUAUUUGCGAUGUUCAGCUAUUUCAAUAAAUUAUUUGUCGUUCUUUU